UUAGAGUCCCAGGAACCACCGUAUUAUUAGCAUAGUGGACAUGGAGGAGUAUUAUCAGCAAGCUUCCAAUGACCUCUUCGCAGCUGGAAAAUAAAACAAAAGGGAAACCUCAAAAGCAGAUUUGUCAAGUUGUUUUGGAUCAUUUUGAGAAGCAGUACACAACGGAACUGGGACAUACAUGGACCAGUGUCAGAGAUGUACUCACGUACCCAUUGUGCUGGCAGUACGCCAUCCUGCUUAACAAGUUCAGCCAGUCCUCUGAACUGGAGAACACCUUGGGUGUGAAGGGAUAUCACCCUGCCUUUCAAGGACCUUUGCCCUAUCUUCCCGCAUUGCUGAAGUGUUACAUCAGGAGAACUCCUGGGAGAUUCCCUGCACAAAAGCACCAGGCUGGUAAACUGAAAGAGUAUUAUCUCCUGAAUGCUGCUUCGCUGCUGCCAGUGCUGGCCUUAGAAGUGAAAGAUGGGGAAGAUGUUUUGGAUCUCUGUGCUGCCCCAGGGGGUAAAUCAAUAGCUAUACUGCAGUGUGCCUAUCCAGGUCAGUUUCACUGUAACGAAUAUGAUGACUCGAGGUCAAGAUGGUUGAAACAGACGAUAGAAUCCUUCAUCCCAUAUCCUUUGAUUAACUUAAUAACAGUCUCUAAACUGGAUGGUAGACAGAUCGGAGAUCUUAAGCCUGAAUUAUAUGAAAAGGUACUGGUUGAUGCUCCUUGUUCAAAUGACAGAAGUUGGCUAUUCUCUUCUGAUAUUCAGCAAGCUACGCUUAGGCUAAUGCAAAGGAAGGAGUUACCAUCUCUACAAUUCCAGCUGCUAAGGUCUGCUAUUAAAGCACUGCGUCCUGGCGGAUCAUUGGUCUAUUCUACGUGCACUCUCUCAAGGGCAGAAAACAGCGAUGUAAUAAAUCUCUUUCUAAACUCCUGCAGUAAUGUAAUGCCUGUAGACAUAAGUGGAAUGGCCAGAGCUGUUUCUCAGGAAUUCACUUUUCUCAGUGGUAUGCAACAGCAUGAACUUCUGGUUCUCCCACAGAAAGGGAGAGCAUGGGGUCCAAUGUAUGUAGCUAAAUUAAAGAAAAUGUAGUCCCAUCUGAUGUCUGUUAGUUUUUUAUAAGAGAUAUGUGAAAAAUUAAUACUUAUUUCUAGUAUACUAGGUGUACAGGAACAUGUCCAAG